GAAAAUCUACUCCCAAGUGGACCGGACUGGCGGAGAUGAGCAGCAGCAGCGGGACCAGAGAGUCGCCCCCUCCCCAGCCAGGCGGCCCCCAACUGCCCGCUGAGGAGCCUCAGCAGCGCAGGGGCCGAGGUCGUCCACGUAAACAACAGCAGGAACCUGUCGGACCGCCCACGGCAAAGAGACCGAGAGGACGACCGAAGGGCAGCAAGAACAAAGGGACAAAAAGCGCACUUAAGAAAGUGGAGCCGGCUGGACAAAGACGACCUCGUGGGAGACCAAGAAAAUGGCUGCAGAAGUUGGUUGCAAACGCCAGUGAAGAGCAGGAGGUGAUGUCAGAAGAACGCGAGACAGGAGGACCCGCUCAGUCUGAGCCGUCAUGUGCGCUUGAAGGCUGCUAGUGAAGAAGCAUGAGCAGUACAUACUGUACCUCAAGGUUUGUCUUAAAACUGAAGAAAUCAAAUAUGUGGCCAGAAGUAAUUGGGAAGUUCUUGCCAAGACUUUAAUGAGAAAAUGAAAUAAAAGUCAUCAGUCUUCAA